GCAUAACCCCGUAGUGAAUAAGCCACAACAUUAUUAAACACUAUCAAAAUUGAAUCGCCAUCAUGGGUCUCGCAGCGGGUGUCGGUCACUUCUUCCAAUCAAUCAUCGAAGUGAUCCAAGGUUUCUUAGGAGCUGUCAUCAACUUCUUCCAAUUGAUUCUCAACACAGUUAUUGGUCUAUUCCAAGGCUUCGUCAGCUUCGUUGAAGGCACUCUUGGCUUCGCAAUUCACAAUUUCUUUAUCUUGGGUACCUUGGCCGCGGCUGUAUUCGCAUAUCUCCUCUACUCUCAGAGGAAAGGAACCACUCCUGUUAGCCGGGCAGUUAAGAACAAAUGAAAUUAGUGUACGGAA